CAGCCACCCACCGCCGCAUUGGAAACCGCCAACUUUUGCCAAAAGAAAUGGUACGCCACCUUUGCGAAAAUAGUUAAAUGGGAAAGCAGGAAAGUAAAAGGUGGUAUUUUAAAGGUGGAAGUGAAUAGGGUUUAGAGAUUUCCAGAGACGGAGAUCGUGUGUCUGUGUGUGUGCUGCGUCUGGAGCUGUCGGUGGUAUCAAAAGAAAGAGAACGAAAGCUUGCUCGCUUCGCCCUUCCAUCGAUUUCGGAUCUAAGUUGCUUCUCCAUGCUUGCUGAGAGUUUCUGGAAAAGUUUCGAGCAAGAAAGAGUAGCUUCUUGGCUUGUGGAGACCACUACUGUUGUUCUUUGCUUUGCUUGAUUCACGCGCAAGAUCGAGAGAACCCUCGCCUCUUGAAAGGAUCAAGCGUUUCUUUCGGGGAGGGAUUGAUCAAGGCAAAGAUGGCGACGCGGGAGUAUCUCAGCUAGGAACCGAUCGAGGGGGAAGGAAAUGGUGUUUAGGAAACGCUCCGAGUCGCCGACCGUGGCAAUGCUGGGCGAGGCGCUGCCGCCACUGCUCGAAUUCCCGGACAAAUUCGCGGCCAAGAACAGCAACGGCGUCAAGGGAUGGGUGAAAGAACAGCUGGAAAAUCACUUGCAACACCUCGGCCUCCGCGGCAGCGGCGGAAUCGCUCAAUGCAGCAAGCGCUUCAGAGCCAGGCAGCUGCUGGCGACGCUGGGAAUUUCUCUCGGCCCUUUCCCGGUUGGAAAGAUUCCUCCCACCGUCAGCCCCAAAGACAGCCCAAUUGAAACGAGCAGCGCCCAGUACAUCGUCCAGCAGUACAUUGCCGCCACGGGGGGAGCAAAGCUCCACACGUCCAUCCACAACUCGUACGCCUCGGGGAGGCUAAAGAUGGUGCUCACGGAAUUCGAGUCCACCGCCGGCGGCGCGCAAAUGCCCACCACCACCACCACCACCACCAGCGGUAUCGCCACCGCCGCUUCCACCACCGCCAGCAGCAUCAUCCGGCCCGGGAGGGAGCUCUGCGAGUCCGGCAGCUUCGUCCUCUGGCAGAUGUUCCCGGACAGAUGGUACGUGGAGCUGUCGGUGGGCGGUACCAAGGUCCGCGCCGGCUGCGACGCCAAGACGGUGUGGAAGCAGAGCCCCAUGGCGGGAUCGCAGUCGGUCCGCGGGCCAAUCCGGCCGCUGCGCCGCGCGCUGCACGGCCUCGACCACAAGACGCUCGCCUCCAUGUUCCUCAACGCGCGGUGCGUGGGCGAGAAGCGCACGGACGGCGAGGACUGCUUCGUGCUCAAGCUGGCGGCGGACUCGUACGCACUUACCGCAGGGUACCGCGCGGUACCUCCGGCAGACGCCUCCGCCGCGCGUCACGGGGCCGGGGCCGACCCUGCGGACCCCGAGGUGGAGGAGGAGGUGAUACGCCACGUGGCGUUCGGCUACUUCAGCCAACGCUCAGGAUUGCUGGUGAGGAUGGAAGACUCGCAGCUGACGAGGAUCCAGGCCGCGCGCGGCGCGGUGUCCUACUGGGAGGUGACGGUGGAGACGCGGCUGGGGGAGUACCGCGCGGUGGAGGAGGGGGCACCGGUGGUACCGCACGCCGGCAGCACGGUGGUGAGCGUGUUUCGAUUCGGGGAGGAGUCCAUGUGCCACACACGCAGCCGGGUGGAGGAGUCAUGGUGGAUCGACGAGGCGGCCUACAAUGUGGCGGGGCUCUCGGCCGAGUGCUUCAUACCGCCGUGCGACGCGACGCCCGCGCCCAUGGCUAGUGACGCCGGCGAGAUGUUUGCGCAGCACGACGGCUUCAAGGACCAAAAUCUCGGGAGCAGCCAUAGCCUCUGGUAGUAGUUUCUUUAGCUCCAGGUAGAGGAGGGAGGAAUAUUCCUUGGCUCGUCCACUUGGCAGUGUGACGUGGAAGUUUGACGCGUGUCAAUGUCUCAGCUUGACACGUGUACACGUUCUGUGGAAUAUUUCUUGCGCGUAAGAAUCUCACACGUGUAAAGUACGGUAUUUCUGUUA